UGACGUAAGAGAAACGCGUUAAGUGUUGUCAAGUUGUCUCCUCCCUGUAGGAAUGUUUUGUUUAGAGCUCUUCUCUCGCCCAAAUCAAUAACUGGAAGAGGAAGAGAAGAAGGAGAAGUCAAGCUUCCUCCUAUCAUACAUUUUGAGAUCGUCAGCUGAAAUGUCAUAACGUAGUUUGACAGAGCUUUUCAACGUUCAUUUACUCCUUGUGAUGGCUGGAUCUCUGUGUGUUGUUUUCAUACUUCUACUUUCUUAUCACGGCUCACAUGGGAUCCUGCGCUUUGCCUCUUACUAUGGAGACCACAUGGUGCUGCAGAAGUCUCCAGAGAGAGCAGUUCUUUGGGGCUACGGCCCUGAAGGUGCUCAGGUCACCCUCCUUUUGUCAGGACCAAUAAAACAGAAAGCCUCAGCUGUAAAUGUGAAAGAAGGUAUCUGGCACGUCACUCUUGAUCCUGUUAAAGCUGGUGGUCCGUACAAUGUGACAGUAGUCACUGAGAGCGGCAAUGCCACUCUGAUGGAUGUGCUAUUUGGAGACAUAUGGCUGUGUGGAGGGCAGAGCAACAUGCAGUUUAAUAUGACACAGGUUUUCAAUUCAUCAGAGGAGCUGGCCAUUGCAGAGGAAUACCCUCAUGUGAGGGUUUUUAUGGCAGCCUUGAAACAAAGUACAGUGGAGCUUGCUGACUUGGUUGACGUGGAAAUUCCCUGGUCUGUGCCUUCAAAAGACUCUGUGGCUGGGUUCUCAGCAGUGUGCUGGCUCUUUGGACGUUACAUGUACAAGAACCUGCAGUACCCUAUAGGACUGGUGGAGUCCUGUUGGGGGGGAACACCUAUCGAAGUCUGGUCAUCAUCAAGGGCACUGCAGAAGUGUGGACUGCUGGAUGUGUUUGAAGAGCUUGAGGGUCCUCAACUUAAUUCUGUGUUGUGGAAUGCAAUGAUUCAUCCACUGCUUAACAUGACUAUUAAAGGAGCCCUCUGGUACCAAGGUGAAAGAAAUGCAAACUAUCAUCAAGAUAAGUACAACUGUUCCUUCCCUACUAUGAUUGACGACUGGAGGAUGGCGUUUCAUGAGGGCUCAGGGGGACAGACAGCUCCUGACUUCCCCUUUGGAUUUGUCCAGCUGUCCACGUACCAAAGAGGCACCAUGAAUGAAGGCUUUCCAAACAUCCGCUGGCAUCAAACAGCAGACAAGGGUUAUGUCCCUAAUGCUCAGAUGCAGAGAACCUUCAUGGCAGUGGCUUUGGAUUUACCAGAUAAAACCUCACCCUACGGCACGAUCCAUCCCAGAGAUAAGCAGGAUGUAGCCUUCAGGCUGACAUUAGGAGCAAGGGCAGUGGCUUAUCAUGAGAAGGGCGUGCCCUUCCUUGGACCUUUCCCAGAACAAAUUCUGUACAGUGGAUUUUAUGUCUACAUUAACUAUGACCAAACAAUCUCUUACACUUCAUCUAAUUACACCUUUGAGAUCUGUUGCUCUCUGGAUCCAGCUCAAUGUGGGCCUCAGUCUCAAUGGGUUCCAUCUCCGAUCACACAAUGGAGCCCAACCACUCUCAAGUUACGUACAUACCUGUGUCCACUUCCAGCUGUGGUUACCGCCGUUCGGUAUGCGUGGAGAGACUGGCCCUGUGAUUUCAAAGCCUGUCCAAUCUACAGUGCCAAUAAGGUUUUGCCUGCUCCUCCUUUCUUAAUCCACCUCCGGCCUGGAAAUAUCUGAAAAAAGCUUCACAAGUUGGACACCUGGGCGGGUCUCAGUCAGUUAAAUGCUUUCAAAUGAUUCUCCUUAAAUAGACCGAAGGGUUGCUGUUGAUUUAAUUGCCCUGUGCCUUUGUGAUGUGCAUACUACUGACUUUAAACCAAGGCUGGGUUGUUGCCACACUGGGAGUGUGAUACGCCUUUUUUCAUUCAUGUAAAUGUACUGAUUGAUCAUUUAGCCACAGGAAGGAUAGGUUUUUCAAUUUUGUUGUCUGUUUACUUUGUAUUACUAUAUUGUUCAUUCAGGAGAAUCAUUUUUUUGGGGAGUACUUUCCACAUAUCAUGUCUGGAUAUGAGACAACUUUUAUCUUACAGAGUGAGAGAGGUUUCCUCCAGCAUUUGUCUGUUGAUUUUACCUUCUCUUAAGAUUGGGAAGUGGUACUUGACUGCAAAGUGAAGUCUGACAGUGUAAGCUUAGGAAGCCAGGUUGCUGACAGGUAAAUAUAAAUCUGGCUACACUGUUUAUGUUCUACAUGUACUGUAUAUGCUGUAACAAUUACUGCCAAUAUUUGCUGGACUGCAUGAUUGUACAAACAUCUUAAAAAUGAGUUGUACGAAAGAUGAAGUGUAAAGUUUACAAACCAAAUAGGUCUUAAUAAAUGUGUGUUUUGCACAAAUAAAUUAAAGUGUUACAACUAA